GCAGACUAUUCCAGAUCUCGUCUCUGCUUCCAAUUCUCCCCAAAUAUUCACAAUGGCCUCUUCUCUCACAACGACCGACCUCCAGGGGUCCCUGCCCCUCAUUGCCCGUGGCAAAGUCCGCGACCUGUACGAAGUAGACGACAAGACCCUCCUCUUCGUCGCAACCGAUCGUAUCUCCGCGUACGAUGUGAUCAUGGAAAAUGGAAUCCCCGAAAAGGGCAUUCUCCUCACCCUCUGCACGCAAAAAUGGUUCCAAAUCCUCCAGGAAGCCAACCCUACCCUCCGGACACACUUCAUUACUCUCGACCUCCCCGCGCAAAUCCCCGCCUCGUUGCGCCCCGUACUUCAGAACCGUGCGAUGCAAGUCCGCAAGCUGAGAAUCCUACCCAUCGAGGCUAUCGUGCGUGGCUACAUCACCGGGUCCGCAUGGAACGAGUACAAGAAGUCCGGAACCGUGCAUGGGAUUCCAGUGCGGGAAGGUUUGAAGGAGAGCGAGGCGUUCCCUGAUGGCCCUAUUUACACUCCUAGCACGAAGGCCGAGCAGGGGGAGCAUGAUGAGAAUAUUCAUCCUGAUAAAGCUGUUGAGAUUGUUGGUGAACCAUAUGCUUCAACUAUCGCUGAGCUCGCCGUGAAGCUCUAUAAGACCGCACACACCUAUGCGCUUACGCGGGGCGUGAUCAUCGCGGACACGAAGUUCGAGUUUGGCGUUGACGAGGAGACGAAUGAGGUUGUUCUAGCGGAUGAAGUGCUUACGCCAGACUCGUCGCGCUUCUGGCCCAAGGACUCGUAUGAGGUCGGACGUGGCCAGCAGAGCUUUGAUAAGCAGUUUUUGAGAGAUUGGUUGGUUAAAGAGGGAUUGAAGGGUAAACCGGGAGUUAGGAUGAGCGAUGAGAUUGCACAUAAGACGAGCGAGAAGUAUAGGGAAGCUUGGGAGCGAAUCACUGGGGGCAAUUAGAUUGUAGGGGACGGUAGGUUGCGCUACCGAAGUGCUGUAAUAUGUGUUGUUUAGGAUGGAACAUCAAUUCCAAGAUAUAUAUGUACUGUACAAUUUCCAAGAAUUUGCUCUCGGUUUAAUCCCAUUCAUCACGUAGCCCUUUCAGGCCCUUCCCUUUGUUCUCUUGACUUCCCUGUUUCGCAGAUUUAGUAUCGUUGUGUUGCGGGACCCAGUUGGUUCGAACCCCUUCAUCAACAGGUAAAGCAGCCGUCCCGCAAAUUCGCCGUUCUUCUUCGAUCUCCGGCUCACUCAUCCCGUUUGUGGCCCAGAUCCUAUGGAUACGUAAAUCGUAAGGCCCCUCUACUCGGUCCGUCAAACCAAUUCCAACACUCUUCA